CCUUUGAGUUUUUCGUAGUCUCGAAAAUACAGAACAACCGCACUCGCAGUUCAGCUUUCACAACUCGGCUUUAGGGUUUCUUCUGGGAAAAUUAUGAGUUCAAGCGGAGCAGGCAAGGGUGCCGCCGUCGCCGGCAGAGGAAAGCCUAAGGCGGCGAAAUCAGUCUCCCGAUCAUCGAAGGCCGGGCUCCAGUUCCCCGUCGGUAGGGUUGCCCGAUUCCUCAAAUCCGGAAAGUAUGCCGAGCGUGUCGGCGCCGGUGCUCCGGUUUAUCUCUGUGCCGUUCUCGAGUAUCUCGCCGCUGAGGUUUUGGAAUUGGCCGGUAAUGCUGCUAGGGACAACAAGAAGACCCGAAUUGUGCCCAGACACAUUCAAUUGGCAGUGAGGAAUGAUGAAGAACUAAGCAAACUUUUGGGGAAUGUGACAAUUGCCAAUGGAGGAGUGUUGCCAAACAUUCACCAGAAUCUGCUACCCAAAAAGGCAGGCGGUGGAAAGGGCGAUAUAGGCUCUGCAUCUCAGGAGUUUUAGGGUUUUCUCCCAUUUGAGCCAUGUACAAUAGCCAUAUGUUCUCCGUACAAGUUUUUGAAGCUACUUAUAUCCCAUACAAGCAAAUGGAAUAGCUGUUUUGGGUUUAUAUUCAUGCUUCCAUUGUUGCUUGGUAGUUCCAUGUACUUGAAAGAUUAUAUUCUAAUGGAAUUACUUUUUUUCGUUUCUGUUGGUUAUCUUUGUUGAGGUCUGAUUGAAUGUUUACAUUAGUUUCAAAUGAGUUUGAUGUCUAUUCUCAUGAUAUACACUGCGACUUAAGUUUGUAUUUUCUUGAUGCCUCUUGGUAUUGGUGUUUAAAUAUUGAUGCCAAGAACUGUAAAAGUCUUUGGGCUGAUGUUUAGUAGUGUCAUGUGCAGAAAGGUGACUUCUUUGUUUAAUUUCAUGAUGACUCUUGAUCUUUUGGGAUUGGUGUUUAAAUGUUGAUGCUAUAUAGUUCUCAAGAACUGGAGGAGCCGUUGAGAAGCUUUUUAGUAUUGUUAAGAGCAGAAAUGUGGCUUCUUUGUUGAGGAUAUUGGGGGAACAUCUUUGGAAUGUGAUUUUUGUUUGAAGAUGAAACUCUGAGCGAGAACUGAAUUUGACAUCAAGCAGAAACAGAGUCAGCCAUCAUUUUCGAUCCCAAAAUCUCACGAAAAACGAAGCUUUGCCAAUUGCUCUAUCAUCCUGGUGCAGAAGUGCUGCUGCUGAGUAUGGUCACUAUAUGAGAAUCAAGAGAUUGUUUUGAGAGUCUGG